AAUAGCUCAAAGGAAAACUGAAAUAAUUGUGCCAAUUUUUUUGUUAAAUAAUAAAAAUGAAUUUUUCCCGCAAAAAAAUGAUUUUAUACAUGUUAAUUAUAGCCUCCGGCAUAGAUACCAUAUUGCCUGGGCCCAUUUUUCAAAACAAAGAGGACGCAAAUGUUCAAACCUCUGUUUUGGACGAAACACGUUUUUCUCGUCAGGUCGUUCAGCCCACCUGGUUAAAUUUAGGCCAAGAAGCGGCUAUGGAUCCUACAGUUUAUGUAGAUCAACGGGCUUUGGAGGAGGCCGAUGAAAUACGUAGGACCAUACAAAAAGCGGUGAAUGAAGACACCUUUGCGGUGCCAGAUGAACAGCAAGAUCCAAAUAUGGAUCCAAAUUUUAAUCCAUCUGAUCAGGGACCACCGCAACCUAUGCAUUCCUUACCACCCUGGUAUCAGAACGUACAAAGGCUUUUUCAAAAUUGGUCACAAAAUCUAUUUAGAGGUUUUCGUAAUUAA